AGAUCGUUUUAAGAAGGAGGUAGACAAAUUAGAAUUGGAGGGACAGCAACAAGGAGGUUUUACUUUGGUUUACUUUAGACAGUCUGCAGACAAAAACUAAAAAUAGACAUGAGCUUAAUCAGUUCAAAUGUGUUUACAAACAAGUUCAGUCCACAAAUCAACAGGAACAGUGGAUUUCCUCUCUACUAAAUGGGAGUUACAAGAUGAAUGGACAUAUGAUUGCGAUGUCUGUUGCAAAGUCAAGCAUUACACGAGACAGAUGAAGACAUGGUAACUGAAGCUGAUUUUACCAAUAUAAUUUCUGAGGAAGAAGAAGAAGAGUUAAAAGCGGAACUUGUCAAGCUUGAGGAUGAAAUUGCAACUUUGCGUCAAGUGUUAGCAGCUAAAGAGAAGCAUCUUAUAGAAAUAAAACAAAAGCUUGGCAUCAACUUGAUGAAUGAACUGAAACAGAACUUUAGCAAGAGCUGGCAUGAUGUGCAAACAACUACUGCGUAUAAGAGGACACAGGAGACUCUGAGUCAAGCAGGACAAAAGGCUACAGCAGCUAUCAGCAAUGUUGGUACAGUCAUCAGUAAGAAGUUUGGAGAUAUGAGGUCUCAUUCACUUGGUUAUUCUAUUCGCCAUUCCAUAAGUAUGCCUGCUAUGAGGAAUUCUCCUACGUUCAAGUCCUUUGAAGAAAAGGUUGAGACCACUGUGACAAGCCUUAAGACAAAAGUUGGAGGAGCAAGCCAUACUGGGGGAAGUUUUGAAGAAGUUCUUAGUUCUGCUGCCCAUGCCAGUGCCCAGAGUUCAAUUGUAGGCACUCGGCUUCCAGAAACAGAAGAGGAACUGCAAUGCUAGACUGCGGAGAUGUCCCUGGUUGUCUCUAUCCAAUUGCCUAAGUCCAGUUCGCACAUGAAAUCCUAUUUAUUUUCUCCAUAAGAUUAAGAUGUAGGUGUGUUGACAUAUAGAGAAUGAAUGAAACAGUUUAUGGAGAUAGCUUGUGAUUAAAAACAGCUGGAAAAUUGCAGAAUGGUUGUUAGCUGUAAAAGAUGGGGGGAGCAUAUGCCUGCAUUCAUGAUUUCAUGGAGAAAUUAGAUGCGUCCUCUUGUCUGAACAAGAUCAGUCGUAUUUCAUAUGUGGUUUUUCGCGUUCAACUUCUACAAGACAAAGUGGUGUAUCACUUUUGAAAAUGGUUUUUACCAGUGUUGUCCAUGCAUGUAUAUUGAGGGUUUUUUUGGGGUAAUCAGUUUAAAUAUUGCAUUUUCAAAUUGUAUGGUUUAUCUUAAAAUAAAUGAACAAAUGGUUCUUGCUUCCCUUCA